GUACCACCUCGCGCACGGCCAUGCCCACGAGAUAUUGCUCGAUGACGGCGGAGCAGCAGGGGGUGCAACUGAUAGAUGAACCGCUGCUACCCUGUCUUGACUGUUCGAUGUCCAAGGGACAGGUGAAACCCGUCCAGAAGAGCACGAGCACACGCGCACUGCUACCUCUCGCAGAUGACGAGGAGGGCGGGGAGGGCGAGAGCAGAGCGGAUGCAUCACGCCAAGGUUGGGGGGGGGAGAGAGACUCGAAGAGUGAGUCCGACCUCGACGUGAUGGAGGCUCGUGGACCAGGGCAAGCGACGCCGUUUGUGCGCGAGGAGGCGCCGACGGCACCCGGCAACGGGAUUCCGGGGGACGGAGGCAGCGUUCCCCCGUCGCCCCCUUCGGGAAGGGGCGACUUCAGCGGAGGCAGUGACAGCCCCACCGGCAGCAGCAGCAGCAGCAGCAGCAGCAGCAACAGCAGCAGCAGUGACGCCGGCGGUGCCGGCGGCCCGGGCGGCGAAGAGUCCGGCGACCCAGGUGGGGACGGCGUUAGCGAUGGUGAUCCCGGCGACUCCGAGAACCUCGAGGAGUUGAAGUAUGAUCCAGCCGACGCCCGCUACCCCCGCGGGCUAGAAGGGAAGAAACUCCUCUGGGGCGCCUCGAAUGCUGGCCUGAUAGUAAAGGCUUACCCAUUAAACUACUCAGUCAGCGAAAGACUACUCAGUGAGCGAAAGGCUUACCCAUUAGACUACUCAGUCAGCGCUGACUGA